AUGUUCAACCGUUGGGUAUUUCUACUGCUCCUGGUCAGCGUCGCCUUCACCGAGACUUCGAAAGUCCACGAUGUUCUGAAAACUGUGGGAAAACGAUUUGGUUCAGUAUUAGGACUGCCCGACCGCAACAACCAAAAACCGCAAUAUUUUGGAGUUUAUGUCAGCGAUGCGGAUACCUAUGGAACUCUCACCGAACAAGCAGUGCUCGAGUUGAAAAAUAAAACUGCGUUCGAAGUGAUGACUCAAUUCAUCGUGGCAUCCUCGGCAAGUAAUGCAGGAUUCAAGCAAGGCCUUGUGUUGCUCGGGAAACGAAUGCUCCCAGAUUUUGUUGCUGAAGUUUGUAGGAAGAAAAUGAACAAGUAUCAAUACUUGAAAUAUUUGACUCAAAACGCGGCACUCUACUUCCCUACGGACAAUUAUAAGGAGGCGUACAAUAUCUCAAAAACGGAUCGAUACUCAAAUGUAUUCAAUUUCGAUAUAUAUCAAAGAGAUACUAUGGCAGUGGAUACUAGAAUUGAGUUCGAUAUCAUAAUGAAUGCUACGUAUCACUAUGGUCAAAUUUUCCAUAUCAGUUAUAUCCAUCAAGGUGGACUGUGUCCGGAUAUCGGAAAAGUUAGUCAUUCGAGUCGAAAUUCAUUUGAUUUGAUUAUUGAUGAUGUCGAAGGAAUCAACGAGCAUAACAGAACGAAAAUGUUCUUGGAUCUCUUUACACCCCAGCCAUGGCAAUACGAGCACUAUCAUCCGAAUGAUCUACCGACCACGUGGAUGUAUAGAUUCAACAAGGAUGAGACAAAAGUCUUUGUCUGUCAAGAAGGUGUGAUGGAUGUGGUUGAGUACACCAUAUCCCAAUUCGACUCAUGGUACUUCCACUUCGGAACAAUGUGGCAUCCGGACGCCAAAAUGGAGACGAGCGAGGCGUUCAAGUUGUCUAUAACUUUAUUCAAGGAUUAUGAUAUCGUGGGAAGGACCACCAUGAAACUUCAAAUGGGUGUCAGUCCAGAUGCCGCGAUUCGGGACUGGAACUUUAAAUUUCAAGCAAGAAGGAGAGGAGAAGAAAACUGGAUAAUCGAUCGAGUUGAAGUGCCAUGUAACCCGGAAGUGAAAUAUAAAGAUGAAUCACUUGUGGCAAUUCGUGAUAUUGUCGCAAAGAAGUUUGUGGACUACGUGGAAGAACGCAACGCCACUCAAUGGUAUUCAACUAUUGAUUUUGUGAAGGAGUUCACGAAAAAGGGAAAAGUGGAUUUUGUAUACUGUGAUGCGGGUGCUGUAUCUAAGAGUUACCAACUCAUACUUUUCACUCACGACAAGGGACAACUUUACAGUACCAAGUUUACGAAAUACUGGAUGGAUAAAUCCGAUAUCCCAAGCCCUGCUCCCGAUACCUAUGAGUUUCGUUUCAAGACAAUGUCCGAGGCGGCGACUGCUACUCCAGAGUUUGAGUAUGAACAUGAAUGGACUAUACACUUCGAAUGGGAUCAGAUGGAUCAGUUCUAUCAUAUUGAUAAGAUUGAAAUGGGAUGUGGCAAAGAGUUCAAGGACGGAGAGGCUAUGGCGGCGGACUAUUUGGUCUUCAACUUGGGUGGAAAGAAGUAG